AUGCUUCUCGAUACCUCGACACCCUUUGGCGAGAUCCACCCAGACAGCUCUACCUUCAAGGAGCAGAUACAACGAAUUGCUACCAUGAUCGCAGAUACGAUCGAGAUCCUCAAAUGGCCGGACACUUUACGAUUCGUCACAUCUCAUCCAGACGACCGAAAUCAGACAGACCAGAUACGCCCCGAGAAGAUUCAUCGCACUAACCAGCAAGUCAUUUUCGAAAACAACCCUGGAAAGUCGUACCCAAAGCAACGUCUCGUACCGCCGACCGACGUGCCAUGCAAAUGCAACGCUUGGUCUCGCCAUCACACCAAUCCUGCCGCAAGUAGACUGUGGUUGACUGGUAAGAAGGAUGCGCCAAGAUGUUUUCACUACGUUGCCGUCUCAUACUGUUGGCCACAGCUGGAUGAGACCAAUCCUGUGCCAAGUGGAUCCUAUACUUUAUAUUCGGACUCUGGCCAGAAGCAGAACGAUACGCCAGACGAGACCACAAGGACCUCAGCGCCGUAUGGAUCAUGCAUCGACCAAAAGAAUCCGGAUGACAAAGAGGCAGGGGUCCAAUCUAUGUAUCUUGUCUACGAGCAAGCUCAAUGGUCAGUUGGCUUUCUGAGCACAGUAAUCAGGGAUGAGGAAACGAUGGACCUGCUUGAUCCGGAGUACUUACAGUGCCACUCCUGCAGCACACACGAGGAACUAUCCAUUGCUCUACGCUUCCUACAGCUACUAGAUGGCGAGCGUUGGUUUACCCGAGCCUGGUGCAUGCAAGAAUCAUGGUCAGCUGGCCAGCGCAUGAUGCUGAUGAUACGACAUGACGAUGGAUUGUCCAAGCCUGCUACUCUGGGAGACAUGCCCGGAGAAGUGCUCAUCCCUUUCCGCCAACUGGCACACAUAAUUAAAUUCCUUAUCCUACUGCUAGAGAACCACUCGCGAACAUAUCCUGUAUUGGGACUGAACGAGACAUGGCUUGAGCACUUUGCCCGUAAAACAGCCACAGUCCCUCAGUAUACGGACGAAAAUAUCAACGCAGCAAUGGGCAGCACGAGUCGCAUUCGAUGCAGCGCGGCGCAAGCACUGCACGCUUUGGCUCCAAGGGAGAACAGGGAUAUAGUCGACCGCAUCGCCAUCCUCGCCAAUCUGUGCGACUAUCAAGUUCGUCUCGACACCAGGAAACUUGACAGCGGCGGAAUUUCUUUCAGUACUGCUGCUUAUGCCCUAGCGGUGUUAAAUGGUGACCUGUCACUUAUGGACCGUCGACCAGCCGGAGAUCAAUUGUCACUGCGGUGGCUGGCAGCAGAUAUGAAGGUUUCGCAAGACAAGGCUGCUGCGUCGGAGGUCCCUAGCGCGGAGGAGCGACUGGCAUAUUCCUGGGGUCCUCCUUCAGGGGCAGAUAUUGCCAAUCCGACCUGGAUCCCGGAAGGGUCACAUCCACGCAGACUUCCCACUUGCAAAGUCACUCCUGAAGGCCUGGAAGCCACUGGGUAUGUGUUUGGUGGUGCUGCUCUGCUCGAAUUCUCGUUGGUAAACCAGGAGCACCAGGCUGAAUGGGACGCCGUGAAGACUUUGACAGAUCCAGUGGGAUUUCAAGCAGCACAUGACAAGGUGCAUAAUAAGAUCGUCUGGUCGCUUGUUCGCAUCUUGAUUCGGGUGCAUUUCCUGCCUCUUGCGCAAGUGAUCUGGACACACGAGAAUGACUUUGUUCUUGAAGUCCCUGGCAACCGUGAGCCGAUCCGUGUACCGCGUGAUAUCACCCAACUGAUUGAUCCCGAUACAAACGCCUUCAUUUUCCGCCUCCCGCCUGCCAAUGUAGAUGAGACAGAAGAAUCAACCGCCGCGGCAAUUUCAGUCCAUGUAGAUGCAGAGGCAGAAUUUCUAGCCGCCUUACGACCUUCCUCACCUCGUCCGGUUGGUAUAGUCUCUGUCGACCGUACCUGGCUCUCCCGUACACUCAUGACUUCGGGAAGGCUGCACUGCGCUCAGCAACUCAGCACUGGUCCUCUGCUACCGGAGGAAAGCUUUAUGACUUUCGGCGACGACAACGGCGGAGCCCAUGAUGAGACAGCUGGUCAUCAGGCUACACACGGUGACCCGACGAAUCCAAUUAAUCUCCGUCCAGGUGUUCCAUCCUACCUUUCCUCCCUUGUAAGUCGUACUGGUCAGAACCCAGACACACCAGCGCCACGCCAAAUCAUCACACCCUCGCAGAUGUCGCAAGACCACAGCAGCCGUGAAGUCUACACAGCCAUCUUUGAGCACGUUGGCCCUAACGGCCCGGAACCCUUUUCAUACCUACCAUUAGCGUGA